CGAACAGAAUGUAAAAGUCUGCAGACUAUUUAGAAGGAGAUCGAGUCUGCUCAAUGUCUGCUACACGGUGGCUAUUGAUUGAUAUGAUGUUGACGAUUAACUUCGUUUCCAUGGAUGAAUGAUUUCUUUCAAAACACAGUUAUCAAUUGUACGUUUUUGAUUUAUUGAAAUUUAUAAAAUGGAGGCCAGAAAGAAAGCAACAUUUGGAGGUUAUAAAUCGAACAAAAAACAUGAGAAUCAUGUGAUUGGAAACACACGUGAAGGGCAAGGUUAUGCAGAUAAAAGGAAACGUAAAAUUGUGAGCCGUUAUAAAAAACUGAUGCGUAAAACAAGACUGAAUGAAGCACAUGUUGAUAAUGAACAUCCAUCGAAGCAACCUUCCAUGAACCAAACAGAGGAGAAAGAUAAAGAGAAAACAACACAUUACAGAAAAAGCGAACAGAGAAGGAACACACAAAGCGUUUAUAACAAAGACAAGAUGCAGAGAGGAGGACGCAGGAAACAAAGUGAAAAAAUAAAGAAAGGAUUCAAUCGUUACAGUGAUACAGAGAGAAUACGACAGAAACAAGUUCAAGAACAUCAUAAACAAUUACAAGAGAAGGCUGCAAGACGGAAAUCGCGGGAGGAAGCUUUAAAGAAACAUAGAGAAAAAAAGGAAGCAACGCACAAGAAGUUGAGUAAACGAACAGCGAGAGGCCAGCCUGUUAUCAAAUAUCAAAUGGAGUACUUAUUACAAAAGAUACAAUCACAAAAUCAAUGAUACCGAAAUACUAGAUACCUAUUGGCCUAUUUUCUAAAUACCAAUAUUUCACUGCAGGCCUAUAGCUUAUUUAUUGGGUCAUAUUCUGGCAUAAGAGGGGCCUACUGCAUCUUAAAGCAUAAAAUCACAACCCAAAGAUUGUCCAAAUUUUGAUUUCAGUUUCGGCCCUAUUCAAAUAUAAAUUUUACCCAAAAUAGAGCUUAUUUAUUGGGUGAAGUUAUAUCAAAGGCAUCGGCAGGGCCUAUUAUGUGUCAUUUUAGAGCAGGAAACAGCAUCUCAAAAAAUUUUCAAAAUUUUGAUUUAACUGAACAUUUUACACAGAAUAUAACUUGCGAACCACAGAAAAUGUUUACUUAGCAGAAAUUUGAUAGGACAACUUGUAACCGGUUUUCAGUAGAAAAGUGAUAAUCAAAUUCUACGCAAAAAGAAUGUGAAAAAAUAAUGAUUUACUGUGAAAUAUAUUUGUUGUGGAUGUAUUUUUCAAGUAUUGUUUAUAAUGAUACAUUUGCCUAUUAUUUUUGAUUGGUCUUUUCUGUAGACUUGGAACUGGAUUUGUAACAGACAGAGACCCAAUUAAAACCACAUCGGUGAACUGGAUUUGUAACAGACAGAGACCCAAUUAAAACCACAUCGGUAAUUUACAAGUUUGAUUAAUAUGGAGGUUGAUAAUAGUUUAUUUUAAUUAUUUCAAAAAAAUGAUAAAUAAAAGUCAUAAAAUCUGCCUCAGAA